UUGUGAACAACAGGGAACCUUAAAAAAAAAUGCUACAAUCUACUGCAGCUCUGAGCAGUUUCGUGCUUUCGUGAAUCCUCCGCGCGGUGGUGCUAAACGUCACAGCCAGCGCGUGAGCGUUCGCGUCCAUCCUGAACUUUUCCUCCACAUUCAGUAAUCUGACACCGACACAAACCCCAAAAAGCAGAGGAUGGAUUCCCAACUUCAUUCGCAAAAAUAGCUCGGCGAGGUCAGACGAGAAAAAACACGGAGCCAACGGCCGGCGAAAGCCCGACGUCACGCGCACGCUUAGUAGACCGUGAAGCGGCUUUACUUUUUAAAUGUCGACUAAAAAGUUGUUAUCUAAAGAGGCGGAUGGGUGACGACCAUUCUCGGCGCUUCCAUGUGAGGAGACGAUGAAGCAUUACAGCAGCAGUCCCCGUCAAAAUCACAGCAGAGAGAGAGACAGCAAAAAGGGACUCUGGUUAUCCAUAAUCGGGCUUCGCUUCUCCCUGCGUGAUUAUGUUUUCUGCAUGGCCACGCUGCUGCUCUUCUGCGUGGCUUCACUGGUUUAUCAGCUGAACGGAGGACCUCCUAAAGUCCUGCUGGAGAUCAGGCAGUAUCUCGGUGAAUCCACUUUUGUUGAUGACCACGGACCCCCUGCACCGAGGGUGCUGCCAUUCCCAAGUCAGGUGAUCUACAACAGGGUGGGCAAGUGCGGAAGUCGGACGGUGGUUCUACUGCUGAGAAUACUUGCAGAAAAGCAUCAGUUUAAUUUGAUCUCAUCUGACAUUCAUAACAAAACCAGACUUACAAAGCAUGAGCAGGUCAGUGGAUGGGUGGAUUUGAUGAGAAACAUUAGCACUAUUCCUCAGCCUUUUCUGUACACGAGACAUGUUCACUUUCUUAAUUUUACAAGAUUCAGAAUAGACCAGCCUGUAUAUAUAAACAUCAUCAGAGAUCCCAUUAACCGCUUCCUCUCCAAUUACUUUUUCCGACGUUUUGGGGACUGGAGAGGAGAGCAGAAUCACUUGAUCCGUACGCCGCAGAUGAAAGAUGAUGAGCGAUAUCUGGAUAUUAAUGUUUGCAUUAUGGAGGACUACCCAGAAUGCUCGAAUCCGCGCCUGUUCUACAUUGUGCCAUACUUUUGUGGCCAGCAUCCUCAGUGCAGAGAACCAGGUUCUUGGGCCGUGGAGAGGGCCAAACAAAAUGUUUUGGACAAUUUUCUCCUUGUGGGGAUUCUGGAGGAGUUGGAGGAUGUGUUGCUCCUGCUGGAGAGACUCCUACCUCACUACUUUAGCGAUGUGCUAUCCAUCUACAAGAGUCCAGCAUUCUGGAAAUUGGGGAACCUAACUGGUACUGUAAAGAAGCAAAUGCCCAGUUUUGAGGCGCUGCAGGUGCUUUACCAACGAAUGAAGUAUGAAUACGAUUUCUACAACUUCAUUCGGGACCAGUUUCAUCUCACCAAGAGAAAGAUCGGCCUUAAGUCCACCUCUCAGAACUCUGCUCACGAACCUGACUUUCUCCGUGAGCUUGCCCUCAGAACCCAUGAACCCUUGGAAGAUGAGGAAGAAGAGGAGGAGGAGGAAGAAGAAGAGGUAGGGCAAGAAGAUGCCAACAUCUGGUUGGUUCAGCCCUGACCACAGCUAUGGAUGUGAAGGGAUAGCAGAUAUCUCAUAAACUGGAUGUUUGUAUCCGUAACAUAGAAGGUUGAGUCCACAUUCCCAGCAUACUGUUGGGUGUGUAAUAGUGAUCCCCGUGUUUUUUACGGGGGACGGCCCUUCAAGACACUCUGUCCUCUCUGGGGGAGCACAGGGGGUCCUGGAUGGAUAUAUUUAAGAAACCAGCAAUUAUAACUCAGAUGUUGUUGUUUGUUUAUAUAUGUUUAUUAAAAGAGCUGUUAUAGGUCAUUUCCUGGUGAGAUGAUACAAGAUUGGGAUUACAGGGAUUGCUGGAAUGUCAGAACAGAAUGAAGUAGUUAUGGAAUAGAGUCUGAAUCCAGACACUUUUUUGUAAACCCUUGUGGAAAUUCUGUUCUACUACAGUGCAGUAUUAACACUAAUGAAUAUUUGAUACCUGGAUCACACAUCAACUGAAGUGACACAAGGCUACUUACACACCCAAACAAACAAAUUUACAGAAGACACAAUGGAUCUCAACCAAGAAAUGACUCCAUUACAAACUGUAGAAGUGCUGUAUGCUGUAACCACCCUACACAAGAGCCACAAAUCAGAUCCCAUCAUUGCUCAGUUAUUCUGGAUCAAGAAACCUCCUGCAACUCUGUGCCACAAUCUAAAUGCUAAUCUUUUUUGGAAGGAUCUUUUCUUUUGGAUAUGUAAGCUGUUGUACAAUGAAAAAAGCCCUUUUUGAAUGUCUUGAGGAUGUUUAUGUUAAAUCCACACUAUCUAAAAUGUUUAAACAUUUUUGCCCUGUCGGUACAUCAUCUCUUGUUUUCAGUCACUGCAUGGGGCCAAAAGAGUUCACAUUAGGUACUUGGAAAUACCUAAAAAUGAACACCCUAAAAGUCUCCCAGAAUUAAAUUUCUGUCAUUUGUAAUGAAUUGUAUGCUAUUUUUUCAGUCGAAACCAAAAGGAACAUGUAUGUACCUAUUUGAAUGGAUGUGUCAUAGUCACUAUAGCUGUCAAGCUUCAAUAAAAUACAUUUGAAAUUAGGAAUUGUGUGGCCUUUUGACACACAAACCUAUUAUGUAUGGCUUCAGAAGUCUUACAGAAUAUGACACACAAGUAGGGAUGCUAAACAAUUAAUCGCGAUUUAUCGUUAGCAGA